CGUGUUUCCACGCUGGAAACGGUCGUUAGAAACGCUGGAAGGAAGGGAGUGCCGAACGGGAACGGUGGCAAGAAGGGAUUUUUCUCUCUCGCUCUCUCUCUCUUUAAAUGUUAUGCAACAUAAUCCAUCACAGAAGUGCAUUUUGAUGCAAGUUUAGAGACAAAGGAGCACCAAACUUGAUCGCUGUGGAGCUCAGAGCUGAAAUAAGAGGCUUUAGGAGACUCGUGGCCAGCUCACACUCGCAGAGUUUCGGUCGUUUUCUUGCAGAUCUGCUCAGGAAACAAACCACUUUUGGAUUCAUACACUGCCGGAGUUUUUUUGUUGUUGUUUUUAACUGUAACUUUCCGUUACGUUUUGACUGAUGAUCUCAUAUCUCUAUCGCUGCUGGAUCUAAGCCUUUAACGGUUUCUUACCAAAUAUAGCUGGAGCGUCCUUGGGGAGCGCAGAGUUCCAGGAUUGGAUAUUUUUUGCAGUGCUGCCAGAGUUUAUAAUUAAACACUAAUAGUAAUAAUAUCAACCUGGAUUUUUUAAACCAGUAUUUUAUCUGAAUUUCAAAUUUUACACUUGAAUCUCGUAUUGUUAUUUUUAAAAGCGUGCGCCUUUUGCUGCCUGUUCCUCUGCCUGUUGUGCUACAUGUUGAUUUAAAACGCGGUGUGCAGUCAGCGAAUGCUCCCAACAGAAGCCAUUUUUAAGUCUUUGAUUUUCAGUCUGAGUCACUGAACACGAGCUGCUCAACCUGCUCUCAGCUGCAGCGUGAACCUGUGCGCGUUCACUUGGCACAUUUUCCCCUCAUUGUUCUCAAACCGCCUUUCAGUGACUCUGUGCGUCUGGGCUGAGAGCUGAGAGCGCAGUGGAUGUGCCAUGGCUCGGGUUUUGCUUACUAUCUGUGUGUUGGCUCUCGGCUUGACGGUGGCCUGGGCUGGAGCCGAAGCUCGGGCUGAGCAGGCCAAGGCGGACAGCCCAUCGGUGGUUACCCUGCGUACCGUUUUCACGGGAACCUGCCAGGAGAUCCACCGGUACGCGGAGUCGUUAGUGGGAACCAGCGUGAUACGAUCAGCUGCUGAGUUUUUCGAGAUGGUGAUCCGAUUCCUGGCCGAAGGAGCUGCCAGCGGCCUGAAUGUCAUCGCUGUUUACGUCACAGAGAUCCUCAGAGUCACUGGAUUUGAUGCUGCACUGAAACUGCCCCGCUUCACUCCAGAGGGUGUGACGGCCGUCGCUCAGUGGGGUCUGGUGGCCCUCAUUGGCUACUGGUUGCUGUCCAUCGUUCUGCGUCUGCUGAUUGGUGUGAUAAAACAGGUCUUCUGGAUUAUCAAAACUGUCUUGGGACUCUGGUUUUUUGGACUGAUAGUGACUGAUAAGCAAGCGUCUGCAGACACCACGGCAGUUCGACUGGCUGGCUUAGUGCUGGUAUGCGUCUUGUUGACGCUGCUCACUUCGAGCUCUGAAAAGUCUUUUGUUGUGGAGGAUCGACUGAGACGCCUGGAGGGCCGAGUGAACGCAGUAGAGAAUAAGAAAAAGGAGUAGUGAUGAGAAAAGGCAGAUAGGAGUUAAGAUGGACAAAGGUGAUGGCAAUGCAAGUUAAGAAAAAAUAGUAACUGAUUUCUGUCAGCCUGUUUGUGUGAGAUGUGGGUAAUAAAGUAAUCUCUGGGAUUUUUAAUCAAAAAUGCUCUGCAAUCAAGCCACAUGAAACUUGUUUACUAUGACAAACAAAAUGUACUGAAAGGCUACACAAGAAAAAAAAUGACUGUGCAUACAGGAAAUAAUUCCAUAAAUGAGAUCAUAACAGUCCUUUUCUGCCCUGUCUGUUGCACCGUUUCAAACACAAUAAAAUAUUUUACAAAAUUCUUCAGUUCAAA